CAAGUUCCAUUCAAUUCAGAUUUGAACGUUAAGGUAACCACUUCACUAGGUGGCAGACAGCAAACCAGACAGGUAGCCAUUGGCAUUUUAUUUGAUUCACUGAGCAUGAUAAACUUACGUCGAAUACUAGCAACAAUUCGCUUAACUAACAUUAAUAGACGUAUGAGACGUAUGAACGUAUACUACCCGACUAGUUCCAUAAUUAGCCAGAGCUUGUAGCGUAAACGUUAACUGGUUCGCUGAAACUACACUUAGCUAGCUAGGGUCAACGAGAUUAGCUAACCUUGCAAACUCUACCCUAGCUGACUAGCUAACGUUGGUGUCCACGGUGAUCUGUUCAACUUGCUUCGGCAGUUUGACAAGGGCAAUAUAACGUUAUCGUUGGAUAAUUAGCCAGUCAAGUGCCUUUUAACAACUAGAUAGUUACAACGAACGUAAUGGACCAGAAAGACUGAACGCAAUUCUGGAACUCGUUAGCUUAAGGCCUUAAAAUCCCCGCUCCUUUUCGCAAAAUGGCGGCGGCCAUUGACAGGUGGCUAUCGGGGUUGUAAUAUUAUCUCUCCGGUGUAUUGCUAGCUACUAGUUAGCGAGCUGGCUAGCUGGGACAAGUUGUUAGCUGGCUUUAAGUUAGCUAGCCAGCUAAUCCACUGCCAAAGCUGCUCCUAUAAGUAAUAAGAAUCAUUUUGUCGUACCUUUAAAUUUGAGAUCAGUCGAUGGAUCAAGAAUUAAGAUCUGCUCCGUUUUGGACAUGUCUGCUGUCAAGUAUUAGCUACAGAUUGCUGAGCCACAGAGACGGAGUGAACGUAUAUUCACCAAAAGCGCACCGACUUUCACCAAGCCAGGGGACGAGCACACGAGUACAGUUUCGGCGGCGCGCAUCAAUAUGCACGUCACCGUUGAAAAGAGCCAGUUGUUGCCUCAUCUGUAGAGACCACUUUAAAUGUAGGACCAGGACAAGAUGGCGGAUUUAUCUUUGCUCCAAGAGGAUUCCCAAGAGGAGAUAGACGGAUUUGGUGUGGAUGACUACAGCUCAGAGUCUGACGUCAUUAUUAUACCUUCAGCCUUGGAUUUUGUAUCGCAAGAUGAGAUGCUGACACCACUGGGAAGACUGGAUAAAUAUGUUGCAAGUGAAAACGUUUUUAACAGACAGAUGGUGGCCAGAAGUUUAUUGGACACAUUAAAAGCAGUUAGCGAGGACGAGCGGGAUUGCAUUGCCGUCUUGGAGAGAGUGAGCAAGCUUGCUGACGACUCAGAGCCCACUAUUCGAGCAGAGCUCAUGGAACAAGUCCCCCACAUUGCCAUUUUCUGUCAGGAGAACAAACCUUCCAUUCCAUAUGCCUUCUCUAAGUACUUACUGCCAAUUGUAGUGAGAUACUUGGCUGAUCCGAAUAACCAGGUUCGCAAGACGAGCCAGGCAGCCCUUCUGGUCCUGCUGGAGCAGGAGCUGAUCGACCGGGCGGACAUUGAGAUCAUGGUGUGCCCCGUGCUCGUCGAUCUCACGGCUCCGGACAGCAAUGAUGACGUGAAGACGGAGGCCAUGGCGAUCAUUUGUAAGAUGGCUCCCAUGGUGGGGAAGGACAUCACGGAGCGUCUCUUCCUUCCACGCUUCUGUGAGAUGUGCUGUGACUGUAGGAUGUUUCACGUGCGCAAGGUCUGUGCGGCAAAUUUUGGAGAUAUUUGUAGUGUCGUCGGUGGGGAUGCAACCGAAGAGCUGCUGCUGCCACGCUUUUUCCAGCUUUGCUCGGACAACGUGUGGGGGGUGAGGAAAGCCUGCGCCGAGUGCUUCAUGUGCGUUUCCUCUGCCACGUCGCCAGAAGUGCGCCGGACCAAACUUUCAUCGCUCUUCAUCAACCUCAUCAGCGACCCCUCGCGCUGGGUGCGACAAGCUGCCUUUCAGUCCCUGGGUCAGUUCAUCUCCACUUUUGCCUGCCCCUCCUCCAACGUGGGCCAGUACUUCAAAGAGGAGGACGAGUGGGCCGCUGAACAGUCACAGAAAAACAGUGCUGAGGAGAAGUCAAAUUCGGACACAAAUGCUGCACAAGAUUCUCUCUCGGCUGCUACGGAGAAGAGUCCAGAGGAUUUUCCUGUCGAUGUGGAACAGGAUAAUGUGACUUCUGAAGUCUCUCCGGACUCCACUUCCCAGAAUUCACUUCACUCUCAGGGUGACGCGGCAAGUCCUUGUCGGAUGGAGGAGGAGGGCAACAUGGACGUCGCCGAAGAAGGCGGAGGGGAGCAGGCCGCCGAAGCUCUGAACGGUGACAUGUCCUGUUGCCACGGUAACACAGACUCCAGGUGCCUCCUGGGAGAGGUGGAACCCUUGCACAACGCCUCGGAACCUGACCCGGGCCCCCCAAAAGAAGAACCGCCGAACCCGCGCGAGGAACCCAUCGCGGACGAUCAACUCUCCAACUCUGCACAAAGCACCACGGCAGAUGAGCCCUCAAACACCCCGCAGAACAAUCCGGAAGGCAAGAACCCCGCCUCGUCCGCUUCCACAGAAGACUCCACGGACGACAGCGCCUCGCCAGCUGUCUCUCCUGUGCAGAAAGAGAACAUCCCCGAGCAGGAGCUGUACAACUCCUUCCACUACUGGAGGACGCCCAUCCCCGACAUCGACUUGGAUCUGGAGCUGCAGAGGGAGGUGAGGGCCCGCCCCAGCGAGUCCCCCAGAGGUGCUGGCCCCCCUGUGGCAUGGGCCAACUCACUCCCCACGACCCUUGGCAGGAAACAGCUCGAGGAGCUCAUUGAGAAUCUGGAGCCACACAUCGACGACCCGGAUGUGAAAGCACAGGUCGAUGUACUGACUGCCGCCCUUCGGGCCACGGCCCUGGAUGCACACCUGGGGGAGGCCUACCUAGAGCCCCGCCAGUCCCAGGUCUCCCAUGACAACCCCUUUGAAGUCCAACAGGUGCCCCUCCUGGACUCCAGUGACCUGGAGAGCCAGGAUCCCACCCUGCAGAUCAGCCACGGUGACGACUCGGACUUGAGUGACAGUAGCAUGAGCCCAGAGGAGGACAAGAAAUCUAAACAUCAGGAUGUGGUUCCUCAGGCCCUGCUGGACCAGUACCUGUCCAUGACGGACCCAUCCCGGGCCCAGACGGUGGACAUGGAGAUCGCUAAGCACUGUGCCUACAGCCUGCCGGGCGUGGCUUUCACCCUGGGCCGGCAGAACUGGCACUGUCUGCGCGACACCUAUGAAACACUGGCCUCAGACAUGCAGUGGAAGGUGCGGCGGACAUUGGCCUUCUCCAUCCACGAGCUGGCGCUUAUUCUGGGGGACCAGCUCACAGCGGCUGACCUGGUGCCCAUCUUCAACAGCUUCCUCAAGGACCUGGACGAGGUGCGGAUAGGAGUGCUUAAGCACCUCUACGACUUUCUUAAGCUUUUACAUCAGGAGACGCGACGCAAGUAUCUGUAUCAGCUCCAGGAGUUCCUCGUCACGGACAACAGCCGGAACUGGCGGUUCAGAUCAGAACUGUCUGAGCAGCUGGUGAUGUUACUGGAGUUGUACAGUCCCCAGGACGUGUAUGACUACCUGAGACCGUUAGCCUUUAAACUUUGCACAGACAGAGUGUCAUCUGUGCGGUGGACGUCUUACAGACUGGUGAGUGAGAUCAUUAGGAAGCUGUCUACCUGUCCAUCGCUGCUUGUAGAUUUUCUCAGUGAGCUCGUGGAUAAAUUCUGCCACUGUCCGAAGUGGUCAGGGAGACAAGCCUUUGCCUUCGUCUGUCAGCUGGUGAUAGAGGAUUGCUGUCUGUCUCUGGAGCAGUUCUCCGAGCACCUGCUGGCUCCCCUGCUGCAGCUGGCUGCCGACCCCGUGCCCAAUGUCAGGGUACUGCUGGCCAAGACUAUCCGCCAGAGCAUCCUGGAGAGAGGUGAGACACACGCACACGUCCUGGAGAGAGAGUACUUCUUGAACUCAGCCAACUGUCACCACGAGGCCCUGGAGCAGACGCUGGUGGCGCUGCAGAUGGACCCGGACAAAGACGUCAAGUACUUCGCCAGCGUCCACCCCGGGAGCACGCGCAUCAACGAGGAUGCCAUGAGCACCACCUCCUCCACCUACUGAGCACAGAGCUAUAUACACACAAUUACACCCCCCCCCCCCCACACACACACA